AUGAUCACCUUCUUUCUCAUGGUCAAUCGGCAAGGCCAAACCCGACUCAGCAGGUACUACCAACCCGUUAAAAUGAGCCGCAGGGCGGCGCUAGAAGCUGACGUGGUCCGGGAAUGUCUGAGCCGCCACAAAGACCAGUGUUCCUUCGUGGAGUACAAAGACUUGAAGGUGGUCUUCCGCCAGUACGCCGCCCUCUACAUUGCUGUGGGCGUCACCGACGACGAGAAUGAAUUGUCAAUUUACGAGCUGGUGCAGAACUUUGUGGAAGUUCUGGACAAAUACUUCAGCCGUGUGAGCGAAUUGGAUAUCAUGUUCAACGUGGAUCGGGUGCACAUCAUCCUAGACGAGAUGAUCCAGAACGGGCGCAUUGUGGAGACCAACAAGAGCAACAUCCUUGCGCCACUUGUCGCCCUUGACAAGAUGUCUGACGGCUAA